AUCUAACGCAUUGGGUAAAUUACAUUUAUUGUUUUACAAUUGCAAAUUUUCAUCCUUUGAAUAGAAAAGUGUUUUGGUGACAGAUCACAUUUCUCGAAAGAUUUUGCAGAACAGGGGGUCAUCUCUUCAGAUUCUUCUUCAAGAAUGUUUAGAAUUCUUUUAACAUUCUCAGCUGCCAUAGCAGUAUCCCACGGCGGCUCAAUAAUAAGUCGUCUGCAGUACUCCGUCUUCAGUUCAUAUACACUCUAUACAAAUGAGAAACCAAAUAUUGGACAAAAUAUACAAUUGACUGAGGAUUCCGUCGUCGCUCUCAACAUUACGAAUUCAACUAACUGUGCGAUAAUAGUGCAUGGCAUCAACGAUAGAGGAUUAGGUGUAAUGAGUACAGUCGUACGAGAUGCUCUUCUUACAAGUGGGACAGUCAAUGUUAUUAUUGUGGACUGGGCAGAAGGAGCUGCUGAGGAAUGGGCAACACAUUCUUUAGAGCCAGUCUCAAAUGACGCAGUUGAAUUAAUCAGACUGUUGACAGUUAACAACAGAACAAAUCCAGCGAAACUUCAUCUUAUCGGAUUUGAUUUGGGAGCCCAUAUAGUUGGUCUCAUUGGCAGAACAUCAACUUACACCAUAGCCAGAAUUACAGGUCUUAAUCCGGCCAAAUCUUUAGAAGGGUAUUCAAACGCCUUGAGAAGAGGCGAUGCCAAUUACGUUGAAGUUAUACAUACGGAAACAACCACACACGGUUUUUUUUAUAGUGUGGGUCAUGUUGAUUUUUACCCUCAUGGUGGCAAGGAUCAACCCGGCUGUGAAGACGAUAUCAUGUGUAGCCAUAACCGUGCCUGGGAAUUAUUCGCAGCUUCUUUGACUCACGGUCGUGUUGUUGGCAAUAAAUGUCCAGGUCAACGUGCAGCCACCUCUGAUAAACCUUGUACUGGAUUUACUCUGGCUUUGGGUACAAACGAUUUGGUUAAAUACGGAUCGGGUGUAUACCGACUCGAAACAAAUCCAGUGUACCCUUAUCGCUGCUUAGUCAAGUGUGGACUGGUCGACAGUAUUAUAAAAGCAAUCGAAAACAUAUCUAGUGAAGAUGAUUCUGUAACAGACACUACUGUUACAACUGAGGAUUAUACGACAGAGGAUUAUACUACUGAAGAUUAUACGACUGAGGAUUAUACGACUGAGGAUUAUACGUCAACACGUCAAUGAAACAUGGGAGUUAGCAGUUGACUGGUUUAUUAUAAAAAGUGCAAAUUACCCUCCACCGUACAAUUAUAAAAGCCGAUGGUUGUUCCAUCUUCUCCCCAUCUAAAUCUAAAGUACUUUCGUAAGUCUAGCAAACAUAAAAUACAUACAUUUCGAUGCUUCUAAAAACCUGUCUCUUAAUAAUCUAUAGGUAUAUAAUUACAAUACUGCCGCCUAGAUAGGCACAAACUACACAUUUUGGAUGGAUCGAGCUUGUGCUCGCCUGACUCGGUUUAGUGCGCGUAGUUCAUGCGCAGACGCACCCGAUGCCGUCGGCGGUGGCGAGUGAGGACCGCGUGCGGACGACUCAUGAUUACUUUCGACUUCAUUUCCGACUGCGUCCGCACCCGGCGCGUCCCGCUCGUUUCCCCCGACCGAAUCAUCGGAUGCGUCUUCGAACGCAUUCUUCUCAGCAUCCUUGCCCAAUUCCGACUCAGAGGGGGAUGAAUUGACGUUUUUAACAUUUGGUACGAUACUGGCACAGGUUAAGGAAUACCGAUUUUUGUUUGUCACUUUGGUCCGCGUGCCUUCGCCACUGAACUCCAUUGCCCAUAUCAAUUUUAAAGGAAACUGAGCCAGUCUUUUUCACCAUCAUACCCUCGGCCCAUUUAUCCCCCUUUACCGAAUAAUCCCGGGCCAGUACCGUGUCCUCGACGUCAAUGUGGCGCGGCGCUCCGCCAGCGGUGCGCACUUGCCGUUCUUGUGCCGCGCGUGCCGCCGCCGCCACGUCGGGCCGCAUCGCGUCGAGCCGCCCGCGCAAUCGCCUGCCUUCCAGCGCUACUGCCGGUUGUUGCAUGUUCACAAUUCCUAUAUUGAAAUAGAAACCGAUUUAAAGCAUUAAAAUAAAUAAAAUUAAAAUUGUUUAUUCAGUAACAUAAUGUACAGAGAAAACUAAAGACUACUUAUG